AUGUUUGGUUUCUGUGUUUCCACCGCCGCCACCACCGCCGCCACCAUCGCCACCGCCGCUUCCACUCGUCUUCUCUGUGCAACCCCUUACCCUUACUCUCAUUCUUCUUCUCUCACUACUGUACAUCACUUUUCUUCCCAUCUUCACACAACUUCGGUUUCUUCAUCUUCACAGCGAUUCAGGUGCAUUUCCAUCAAAGCCAUGGCUGAAACUGGUGCAGUAUCUGCUUCAAAAACAGGAAGCAAACAAGCUUUGAUAUCAUUGUCAGACAAGAAGGAUCUUGCAUUGGUUGGAAAUGGACUCCAAGAAUUAGGGUUCACUAUUGUUUCGACUGGAGGAACAGCUUCUGCAUUGGAGAGUGCUGGAGUAGCUGUUACUAAAGUCGAGCAACUUACUCAUUUCCCUGAGAUGCUCGAUGGCCGUGUCAAAACUCUGCACCCUAACAUACAUGGAGGCAUCCUUGCUCGAAGAGACCAAAAACAUCAUAUUGAUGCUCUCACUACACACGGAAUCGGCACUUUUGAUGUUGUGGUGGUGAACUUGUACCCAUUUUACGAUAAAGUUACAUCAGCUGGAGGCAUUGAAUUUGAGGAUGGAAUCGAAAACAUUGACAUUGGUGGUCCAGCCAUGAUUCGAGCUGCUGCAAAGAAUCACAAAGAUGUUUUGGUAGUUGUUGAUACGGAAGACUACCCCGCCCUUCUGGAAUAUCUUAAAGGAAACCAAGACGUUCAUUUCAGGCUAAAGCUUGCAUGGAAAGCGUUUCAGCACGUUGCUUCCUAUGAUUCUGCUGUAUCUGAGUGGCUAUGGAAGCAAAGUGUGGGAGAUAAAUUUCCACCUAGUUUGAGCGUGCCACUUUCGCUCAAAAGUUCUCUCCGUUACGGUGAAAAUCCUCAUCAAAAAGCUGCAUUCUAUGUUGACAAAAGACUUGCCGAGGUCAACGCUGGUGGAAUUGCUACAGCCAUCCAACACCAUGGAAAGGAGAUGUCAUAUAAUAACUACUUGGAUGCCGAUGCUGCUUGGAACUGUGUGUGUGAGUUUAGAAACCCCACGUGUGUAGUUGUGAAGCACACAAAUCCUUGUGGCGUAGCAUCACGCGAUGAUAUUUUGGAAGCCUACAGACUUGCUGUUAAAGCUGAUCCUGUCAGUGCAUUCGGCGGAAUUGUAGCUUUCAAUGUGGAAGUUGAUGAGGUUCUUGCUAAAGAAAUAAGAGAAUUUAGAAGCCCGACUGACGGGGAGACAAGGAUGUUCUACGAAAUAGUGGUUGCACCCAGCUAUACAGAGAAGGGACUUGAGAUUCUUCGUGGAAAGUCGAAGACUCUAAGAAUUCUAGAAGCGAAAAAGAACGAAGCAGGAAAGCUUUCACUCAGACAAGUUGGUGGAGGGUGGUUAGCUCAGGAUUCAGAUGACUUGACUCCACGCGACAUCAAAUUCAACUCAGUCUCAGAGAAAACUCCUCAGGACGGUGAACUCCGCGAUGCAGAAUUUGCAUGGUUGUGUGUGAAGCAUGUCAAAAGCAAUGCUAUUGUGAUAGCUAAGGACAAUUGUAUGCUAGGUAUGGGAAGCGGCCAACCGAACCGUGUCGAGAGUUUAAGAAUAGCAAUGAGGAAAGCUGGAGCUGAUGUUAAAGGAGCAGCCUUGGCUAGUGAUGCUUUCUUCCCAUUUGCUUGGAAAGAUGCUGUGGAAGAAGCAUGUGAAAGUGGAAUUGGUGUCAUCGCAGAACCCGGGGGAAGUAUAAGAGAUCAGGAUGCUAUAGACUGCUGUAAUAAGUAUGGUGUUUCACUACUCUUCACCAAUGUGAGGCACUUCAGGCACUGA